AUGAGGUACGACAGAACCCAAGACCCACAGGAGCACCUCACGGCCUUUGAGGCCCAAAUAAACUUGGAGGGAGUGGGAGACGAGGUAAGGUGCCGCGCCUUCCCGGUCACCCUAGCAGGCCCUGCGAUACGGUGGUUCAACAGCCUCCCGCAGGGCUCCGUGGCUGGCUUCUCAGAUAUCAGUCGCACUUUCUUAGCACAAUUCACCACCAGAAUCACAAAAGCAAAACACCCGAUCAAUCUGCUCGGCGUCACCCAGAAAACCGGUGAAAUGACCAAAAAGUACCUAGAUCAUUUCAACGAAGAAUGCUUGGAGAUCGAGGGGUUAACCGAUUCGGUGGCCAGUCUCUGCCUGACGAAUGGGCUCCUUAACGAGGACUUCAAAAAGCACCUCACCAUAAAGCCAGUCUAG